CACAAAGAAAGCGUAGAGAUGCUUGAAGGAGCACUCAAGACGAUUGCAGUUUCGAUGGCUAACUGCGAAUUUUACGCUUCUAUAUUUACGGAGGCGUUAGAUAGACAGUUUACAAGUCCAGGAACGACUUUAGGCUGGGAGAAGCAAUUGGAAACGGCACUACCAGAGUUCUACGCAGCCGUUCUCGUAUUCUCUAUCAAAUUAAGAGGAUAUUUCAUGCCUUUACAUCUGGGACGGUUCGCAAAUCCAUUCAAGCCAUUUUCGGAGAGCUUCCGAUUACAUUUGACCAAGAUUGAAAACAAGGAAAAGAUCCUCAAACAACUGGCAACGAUGGCUACAAUGGAAAGCGUCAAAGUAUUUAACCGAUCACUGUUGACAGAUAUCCAACACAAAGUAAAUGUGAUUGGCGAAAUGAAGGAACUUUUCGUCCAAAUCUCCGACGAAAAGGCUCUGAAAUGGCUUAACGCAUUUUUUCCUAAACCAGUUUACGAUUUCAAUAAAGAUAGGCGACUCGAAGGGACCUGUGAAUGGAUAUUCAAGACGGAAAAAUAUAGGUCGUGGAUAAACG